CCGAGCCAAAAGCGGGAAACGCGCACCGGAAAACACACUAAUAAUUGAGUUGAAUCCAGCAAUCCCUCCUCCUGCUCGUUGGAAUCUCCUGGUCUAGCUAGCUUCCUCUACCCGAUUCGCGGCGUCUCCAGGUCGCGGCUGGCCGGGCGGAAUCUUCGUUGCUGCUGCCGGCUCCUCUAGCGCUGAUCACGAGGAAGAAAUGGAGUGGUGGGGUGCUCACGUUUUAUACUACUUCCGAACGUGAAAGGAGCUUUUACAAUGGCACCGGGGAGCAGCAUUGUGACUGUAGUCCCUGAGUCAGACUGUGGAGAUGAUGGGCUUUCUGAAGCACUUGGGAGUAUUAGGCUUGAUGUAGACUCUACCAGUAAACCAUGGUCUACAUCACUAGCCAAUGUUGCAUUAUCAUCACUGGCUGGCUUGAAUGAUUUGCUUGAAUGUCCAGUGUGUACAAACUCAAUGCGUCCACCUAUACUCCAGUGCCCAAAUGGCCACACGAUUUGCUCCAGCUGCAAGCAUAGGGUAGACAACCAUUGCCCAACUUGCCGCCAGGAACUGGGAAACAUCAGAUGCUUGGCUCUUGAGAAGGUGGCAGAACAACUUCAGCUUCCAUGCAAAUACCAAAGCAUGGGAUGCACAGAGAUUCACCCGUACAAGAACAAACUCAAGCAUGAGGAGCUCUGCAGGUUCAGGCCGUACAACUGUCCGUAUGCAGGUUCAGAGUGUCUGAUCACCGGUGAUGUCCCGUUUCUGGUGUCUCAUCUCAUCAAUGACCAUAAGGUGGACUUGCAUGAGGGAUGCACAUUUAACCACCGGUAUGUGAAGCCCAACCCUUACGAAGUGGAAAACGCUACAUGGAUGCUCACCGUCUUCAAGUGUUUUGGGCAGCACUUCUGCCUGCACUUCGAGGCUUUCCUGCUGGGGAUGGCACCAGUGUACAUGGCGUUCCUGCGGUUCAUGGGGGAGGAGAGCGAGGCGCAGGGCUUUGGGUAUAGCCUGGAGGUGGGCGGUGGCGGGAGGAAGCUGACAUGGCAGGGCACGCCGCGGAGCAUCAGGGACAGCCACCGGAAGGUGCGGGACAGCUUCGACGGCCUGAUCAUCCACAGGAACAUGGCGCUCUUCUUCUCGGGUGGCAGCCGGCAGGAGCUCAAGCUGCGGAUCACUGGCCGCAUCUGGAGGGAGCAAGCGCAAUGAGCCAAGGCAGUUUCUGCCCCUUGCCAUGGUUGAAAUUCCAUUCCAUGCUGAUCCUGCGCAUUUGCUGUACAAAAAUACUUUUGCCACGGUGGCCACUGUGUUGAAACCUGAUUAAACACGUGGGGACAGCCCCGGGAAAACCUGACUGACUGUCAAGCUCAAGUGUCAUGCACUCAUGCUAAUGAGGACCUCUCAUCCUCAUGAGGAAAACAGAAACUGCUACCAGCUUCAUCCAAAAAGUUUCUUUCAUGACCA